AUGGCAGCUUCCGUAUGUGCUCGCCUCGAGGGCCUCGAGCGAGCAGCGAGAUGCAAAAAGCGCCAAAGAGUCUUCCAUUGGCCCUCUCUGGCUUGGGUGGGCGUGACUCUAGCAAUUUGUCCUCCAUGUCGUGUUGCUGUGAGCAACUUUUGCAGUCAUGCAGGCUCGUCUGAAGGAUCCAGCAACUGUGGGCGAACAACCCGUCAUGCCAAGUCCACGGAUGGUCAAGACGAGAAUACGAACAAGCUGGUUUUCCUCGAUGAAGAGGACUACGUGCGGCUCUUCCGCACCGAGCUCGAAGAGCAGGCAAGACGAGCAAUCCUGCGGCGGAAGAGGUGUUUUCUUCCGUUCGACGACUGUGUCAAGUGGGUGCGGGCCAUGGGCUUUUGGGACAACCAGGAGGAGUGGGAAGAGUGGAUUCAAAUGGGCGAAAAAAGGAACCCAUACAUUCCAAGCCGCCCAGAUCAAUACUAUGGAGAGCUCGGCCAAUGGAAGGGCUGGGCAUAUUUCUUGGGUGCGCCUGGGACGGAGGCGCGAAAGGCUGUGCAUUUUCGUCCGGAAGUUCGCCCGAUUGACUGGCACAGCACAUGCACGAGAUGCCGCUGA